AUGUUGACCGAGUGCUCACAUCAUGUGAAGACCGUGAGUUCCAAACGAUUCAUGUAUUCGUAUCCCAGAGCAGUUGACUACCACUACGUCGACGACUACGUGGAUGAGAGCGAAGCUAUUGGAGUAGCUACCACAGUAAAGGAGAUACACGCACAAGGCGAGUUUGAGCUGUGCAAGUUUUCGUCGAGUUCCCCUCCUGUGAAGAGGAUGCUCGGACCAAGUGAACACGCCCAGAGUAUUGGAUGGGGUGAAGCCGAGCAGAAGAUUUUGGGAAUGAGGUGGAAGCCAGCCAUAGACGACUUCAGAUUUCGAGUGCAGUACCAUAAAGUGGCACCCAUUGUACAGGAUGGGACUAGGGUUCUCACAAAGCGGGAAUUCCUGAGCAUAGUUAUUUCAACGUUCGAUCCCUUUGGAUUUCUUUGUUGUCUGAUGGUAACAGCGAAGCUAUUAUUUGGAUUGGCGUAA